CAAAAUUCCAAUCCCCAAACGGCCAAACCCUGUGCGGGUCUCGUCGCCAUGGUCGCCGCCGCCGCCUCCGUCGGCGAGGCGACCCCGCCCCCAGACCUCCCACCCUCGCGCGUGUCCAUCUCCUCGCCCUCGCCUUACUCCCGCCGCCGCUGCGCCCUCACGAGCCGCUUCCGGGAGCCAGCGGCCCCGCGGCGGCACGCGUGGAUCUCCCUCCAGGGACGCCUCGUCGGGGCGGAGGAGGCGUCGAGUGCUGCUUCGGCGGCGCCAGGCCUCCCGCGUGAUGAGGCGGUGGCGUGGGAGCUCUUCAGCCCGCUCCAUCGCGUGCUACUCGUCGCCACCGUCGCCGCCACAUCCUCCCGCUCCCAUGCCGCCCGCCGGAUCGAGCAGCUACAACGUUCGAUUAAUCUUAGGGAUGAGGUGCUGGAAGGCAUGCAGCAGAAGCUGGAUGAUCUACUCGUCGAGAUGAACUACUUGCAACAACAGUACGUCAAGUGCGAUAGUUACAUUUCCAGUGAAAGGGAAAAGGAUGAGAUUAUAUGCAAUAAGAAUAUAGGAGACGAAGAUGGAUCUAGAUGUGUGUGUUCAAGGCCAGAUGCUGCACCCACUCCUCAGAAGGCAAAGGAUCUCUGUGGGAUGGAUGAUGCUAGGAGUGAUGUGGUUGAUAGAUCUAGUCUAUCUUUUGUGGAUCAUGAAGAGCGUCGUAUGUCAGACCUCUCAGACUUCUGCUGGAGUGUUGGAUCAUCAGUUGAUAACCAUAUAAACGGGGAUAAUCAGCUAAGUUUCCUGGCAGCGGAUCAACAAUUGUACAAUCUUCAGAAGGAAUGUGACGAGAAGGAUGCAACUAUCAAGGAACUAGCAGCAGCUGCACAUGCAUCUAGUACUGCUGAUGCCAAGGUAAAUUGUUGCCUGCCAACAUUUCAGGUAAUAUACUAUUAGAGUAUUAGUAAAUUC